AGGUCGAAGUCUGUUGAGCUGUCUGGACCGUUGCUGGAGAUCCUGGGGACGAGUUCUUUUUACUCUGGGCAACGUUUACAAAAUAUUAUUGAGAAAUUACAGAAUGCUAUUUCGUCUGGGAAAGCUACAGGCGAGUUUCAGGUAAAUUAUCAAACUGUUGGUUAUUGCAGUCGUCUACCUUGAUGGAGAUAUCCUCGCGAGCCAGAGUCCCUUCAGAUUAACUUGUCAAUACUUCACAGAGAAGGAAGGAAAGAGAAUAUAUGUAUGAAACUGUCUUGUGUAUUUUGCAGGCAUUGCGUGAAAUGACACCUGUGGACAACUGUCCCAGUGGUAAAAGAGCUUUGAACAAAGAAAAGAAUCGUUACAGGAACGUCUUGCCGUGUAAGUUGUUUCACAUGCGACUUGUAUCCAGUGAGCUCCAUAUAUAUCUGGAGUGAAAACUCGGGUCCAAAAAGUGAAUCCAAGAUGGCGGAAAUUGAAGGAAAUUGACGUCAGUUCCAGUCCCUUUCUAUGUUGUUUUUGUUUGCGCGGCUGGCAAGGAGUGUUUCGAAAUUUGGUAUUUUGACAUCAAUUUAAAGAAUAACACUAUGGUUUUAUGAAUUGAUAACUUGUUUAGCGAUACAAUUCGUUAGAAAAACUAGAUUUCGCUGGAAAAAAUGUUAUUAAAACUGUUUACGAUCUUCAGAGCUAUUAGAUGUCAACGGCUGCCGUCUUGGCUUCACUUUUAGGCACCUUAAGCAAACAGGACGACGACGGCUAUUCACACAAUGAUAUUCCUGAUCUCGUACAAAAGAAAUGAAAAUUAAAAGCCCCACGGGAGUUAGAGACGUUGUUGUUAGGGCUUUUUACAACGACGAACCAGAGAUUUUCACGUCUCGUGUACAACGCAAACAUGUCAAGAUGCGACAAGUGAAACUAUAAAUUUGCUCGGCAGAAGCGUUUUCAACCACAAAGCCUUUGUUUUAAUCUCUUCAAAUUGAACUCAAUUCAUAUAUACAUGCAGUGGAUAAUACAUAACAACACUUCUUCGCAAUAAUUUAUUUGAAGAAGUUUGUUUUGCCGUUUGAAGAAGUUUGUUUUGCCGUCGUAGAUGCUUAAGGUCCCUUUUCUCAUAGGCCGAAUGACUGAAGUUCUUGCUCCAGAUAUAUAUAGAAGAGAUAUAUAUAUAUAUAUAUAUAUAUAUAUAUAUAUAUAUAUAUAUAUAUAUAUAUAUAUAUAUAUAUAUAUAUAUAUAUAUAUAUAUAUAUAUAUAUAUAUAUAUAUAUACACACACAUAUAUAGGUCAGUGGUGCGGACUCGUCUUAAGAACGUCCAUCAUUGAUUUGAUCAUUGUGUUUUCACAGAUGAAAAGACGCGAGUGAUACUUUCUGGUGAUGAACAGAUGGACUACAUCAACGCCAACUAUGUUGACGUCACUGUCGGCUCGGACACGUCUCAUUAUAUAGCGACACAGGGUCCGUUACCCAUAACAACCAGCGACUUUUGGCGGAUGGUGUGGGAACAGAAAUGUCAAGUUGUUGCCAUGGUAACACUAGACAUGGAAUGUGGGAAAGUGAAAUGUCAUCGGUAUUGGCCGGAAUCGCCUGAACUUCCGGUGAAAGUCAAUCAGAGGUAUGACGUCAUGCUAGCGUUAAGGGGUUAGUUAAUGAACUUUAUGGAGCUGGAUUCAAUCUCAAUUUUUUUUAUUUGCCUUCAAUUACAACACAACCACCCGUGUUCUAAAAGCACACUCACACUCAAUGAGUGGAGGUUCAAUCUUAGCUUCUCUUGAGUGUCAAUGCUGUUUUUGAAUAGCUGAAGGCUAGUGUCAUACCUUACUCGGUGACUACUUACCCUCCAGCUAUUCAAAAACAGCAUUGACACUCAAGAGAAGCUCAGAUUGAACCUCCACUCAUUGAGUGUAAGUGUGAGUGAGCUUUUAGAAUAUGGGCGAACGACGUGUAAUGAAAACAAUGGACUCUUCCCGAAUUGCUUGAGUGCCCAAGAAAACAAUAUUGAGCUUGAACAAACAACGUUUUUGUCAACAAGGACAACCAAAAAAUGCUAUAACUGUAAGGAAGCAAAACACUUUAAAAAUCUUAAAUUUUGUUAGAUGUAUUGAAGACUAUCGCAAACUGACACAAACACACUUUUUAAUCCAGUCUCCCUUCCGAAUCUGACGUCCAUGUUGGCCUGAAACUUUGUCUGUUUAAGCUCCCUAAUAGCUUGAAUCGAGGCGGACAAUGUAAUCCAUUGUAAAUAUGUAGUAGUAAGCAAGUGUCUAUUGACAUUAUUUUCUCACUGUGACAAGUGCUGGUUGUCCACCAUCUGCUCCGUGAUGUAAGUUUCGCUUAUAUUCUUGAUGGAAUUUUCUUUAAAUCUUCCUUUGCAGUCUUGAAGUACACUUAGAAUCUGUGGAAACUUAUAACAACUACGUUCAAAGAAUUAUACGGAUAGAAAACAUUCAAGUACGUUAAUAAUUGGACCUUUUUACAAAACCUUGAAUGCUAUAUAUUACGUUAUGUACUAUUUAAAAAACGAGCAGGAGUGUUUUAUUAGGUGCGCGCUCGUGGCUUUAGACCAAAUAAAACACGACCUGCGAGUUUUUUAAAUGGCUUCAAAAACUUUGCAGAAUAAGUCAAAUCUUUAUAUAAAAAUCUUUAUAUAAAAAUCUUUAUAUAAAAACCUUUAUAUAGUUUGCAUAACAAUGGUCUUUUGUUAAAGUUUUCUGUAGCUGGUAUAAAGACUAUGCACGUGACUAAUUUCUUACUCAAGAUUGGAUAAUUACUUCAUGAAUUAUUAAUGAGUUUUUGAAAAUUAUAAUAAUAUACAAUACUCUUUUAUGUUAUUGAUGUACGAAGAUACUAGUCUUUUCUUUGCUUUACUCAGGAGGAGCAGUCAUUAAACAUUGUGCAUUUGAACUUCCUUGCCUGGCCUGAUCAUGGAGUACCCAAGGUGAGCUUAGCGUGACGUAAUAAUCCCACGUGACCACAAGAACUGAAUAGUAUUUUGUGGUUAUGGAAAUGCAGUAUAGAUCCUUGGUAUAGACUUCAUAUAUCUUCAUUCAACUUUUCUUUUAGUCUGCUUGUGAAUUAGUGGAGUUUAUCAAAAGCUUCCGUGCUAACUUAAGCGUUGGACCUUCGCUCGUUCAUUGCAGGUACUUUUCAAAUCUUUGUAUUUGACUCGCUUUGAAUGUAGAUCAGGGCCGGAUUUACUGGGGAUUAGGAGGGUUAAUCCCCUAGAAUCUCUCUAACUCCUCUAAUAAAGUGUUCAACCCCACCAAAAUUUAUUUCGCAUAACCCCUCCUAUUUUGUGUGAAAGGUUUUAAUCCAAACGCCUAACCCCUGCUUCCGAGGCUCACUGAGUGAUGCCGCUUGCACCCCACCAGAAAUUGUUCUACCCCUCCUUUUAAAUAAAUGAAAAUCCGUCCUUGAUGUAGGUGUAGUUGUGGAGUAACUUUGUAUACGUGCCAUCUUUCGUUGUAGUGCUGGUAUUGGCAGAACUGGUACAUUACUGACUAUCGAUACAUGUAUGAAAUAUAUCGAGAGAGGAAUAGAGGUAAAUAUUAUAGGAUUUUGGGCAUCUAUACUGGAAUUUUUGACUGUGAAUUUACAAUUGAAAUUUCCAUCUAGAUGGCCGUUCUACGAGGUAUUAAAGGGGCAGUGUCAGGAUUCUACUGCGCAUCCAAAAAUCAAAAUAUGAGCGAACUUGAAAAACUGUCUGCCAACAAUUAAUCAAGUUAGGAGUGAUAUACGAUAUACUAUUUAUAAUCCCUUCGUUAUGCAGGACAUCCUUGCUUUGUUUUAAAAAUUGAAGGCUGCUGCAUCUUUUCCAAUCAUGUAGCAUUAAUUUUAAACGCUUCUCUGCGCCGUUUAUUUUAGGCAAUCAGCGCCGUGACACUGCCCCUUUAAGGCUUGCUCAAACGAGGAUGAGAGGCUUUGGUGGCGAAGUGGUUAGCGCACUUGCCUUUCACCUGUAAGCUCGCAGGUUCAAAUCUCAGUGAGAACCUUCUCAGUACGAACCUUCUGAACCCAGUCCUCAUGUGAAAAGACUAAACAGGUCAACGUUCUGCCGAAAGUCGUAGGUUUUGUCUGGGUACUCCGGUUUCCUCCCACAGGGAAAGUUGUCAGGGUGGGUUAGGUAAAAGGGCCCACAGUAAUUGGCAUAUGCUGUUGUGGUGACCCUGCCCUAGUUGGCAAAGCCAAAUAAAUAAAAAUAAAUGAGAGUUUUCUCAAGUCUCACGCGCCGGUCAAACGAGAACAAGAGUUGCAUGAUGGUUAUCAACUCUCAUCCACUUUCAUCAACUCUCAUCCUAGCUACUCUCAUCAACUCUUAUCAACUUUCAUCAACUCUCAUCCUAGCUAUUCUCAUCAAUAUCAACUCUCAUCCACUUUCAUCAACUCUCAUCCACUUUCAUCAACUCUCAUCCUAGCUAUUCUCAUUAAUAUCAACUCGCAUCCACUUUCAACUCUCAUCCAGCUAUUCUCAUCAAUAUCAACUCUCAUCCACUUUCAUCAACUCUCAUUCUAGCUAUUCUCAUCAACUCUCAUCCUAGCUAUUCUCAUCAAUAUCAACUCUCAUCCACUUUCAUCAACUCUCAUCCUAGCUAUUCUCAUCAAUAUCAACUCUCAUCCACUUUCAUCAACUCUCAUCCUAGCUAUUCUCAUCAAUUCUCAUCCUAGCUAUUCUCAUCAAUAUCAACUCUCAUCCACUUUCAUGAACUCUCAUCCUAGCUAUUCUCAUCAACUGUCUUCAACUCUCAUGUACUCCCAUCCUUGGUUCACUGGGAUUUAGGUGAACAUUAUUAAUAAGCGAGUUUCACAAUAAGCAGUGUCGUGAGGUUGAGGGAGGAAAUAUUUUAAUACUUGGUGUUCUAUUUCAGUUUGAUAUUUACGACAUAGUUCACAAUCUGCGAGAACAGCGGCCUGGAAUGAUACAGACCAAGG